AUGGCGACGACACUCUUCCUGCUUGCGACUCUGGGCUCCGCCUUCAUCAUGGCCGCCGGCACGGGUCAAAAUCAGACUUUGCCCCCAAGGCCCAACUUCGUCUUUAUAAUGACGGAUGAUCAAGAUGUGCGCAUGAAGUCUUUGGAUUACCAGGACGUUGUCAAAGAGCAGCUGAUGAAAAAGGGCACGACAUUCACAAAGCACUUCUGCACGGUUUCAGUCUGUUGUCCGUCGAGGGUCUCUCUGCUCACCGGAAAGGCCGCCCACAACACCAACGUUACCUCCUUGACUUGGCCAUACGGCGGAUACUUGAAGUUCACGGCGCAGGGACUCAACGACGCCUACUUGCCGGUGUGGCUUCAAAACCACGGCUACAACACGUACUACACUGGGAAGCUGAUGAACGACCACAGCACCACGACGUAUAACAAGACCUUUGCCAACGGAUGGACCCGAUCUGACUUCCUGCUUGAUCCUCACACGUACAGCUACACGAAUAGCGUCAUGGCGCUGGACAAGGAGGAAUACAGGAGCAUCAAGGGGCUGUACUCGACCGACUUCAUCGCCAACAGGUCUCUAGAGUUCCUCGGCAACGCCGUUGCGGCCGGGAAGCCCUUCUUCCUGGGCGUCGCGCCCGUCGGUCCCCAUUCGUACGUCGAUUCUGGCAGAGGCUUUUCGAAUCCGGUUCCUGCAGAACGACACAAGAACCUGUUUCCCGGCGUCAGGGUUCCUCGCUCUGCAAACUUUAACCCAAGCAAGCCCGGGGACGCGAGCUAUCUCAAGACGCUUCCUCGGCUGAGCUCGACCCAAGUCAGCUACCUCGACGGCUUCUACCGCUCUCGAUUGCAGGCGCUACAAUCCAUCGACGACAUGGUUGGGCGCAUCGUCGACGCGCUCGACAAGACCCCCAGCGUGCUCGCCAACACGUACAUUAUUUACACCAGCGACAACGGCUACCACCUCGGGCAGCACCGCCUGCCGCCCGGCAAGGCGUGCAACAUCGAGGAGGACAUCAACGUGCCCUUCAUCGUGCGAGGCCCCGGCGUCGCGCAGGGCCAAGAGGUCUCUCUCCCGACGUCUCACACCGACAUUGUCCCCACGCUGUUCCGUCUCGCACGCCUCCCCCUGCACGACGACUUUGACGGUGUUCCCAUGCCCGUCACGCCCGACUCCCGGCGUCAGAAGGCGCAUCGGCACCCCAACGAGCACGUCAACGUGGAAUACUGGGGCGGCGGCAACCACGACGGCCAGGGCGUCUUUGAGGAUUCCGCCAGGCUCAUGCGCCAAAACACAUACAAGACGCUCCGCCUCGUCGGCCGAGACCACGACCUGAUGUACGCCGUCUGGUGUACGAACGAGCACCAGCUGUACGACAUGAGGGACGAUCCGUACCAGAUGAAAAACUUGUACGGGACGAAGGGAAACACUUCUCGCUAUUCCAUACCUGCCCUGACGGCCCGUCUGGACACUCUGCUCCUCACGCUCAAGAAUUGCAAAGGCAAGGUGUGCAGAGAGCCGUGGAGGACCCUCUUCCCCGGGCCUGACGACGCCGUUGUCUCCCUCGACCAGGCCAUGGACGCCAAGUACGACGGCUUCUUUGCCAAGCAGGAAAAGGUGACGUUUUCGAAAUGCGCGUAUGGUCAGUUGCUCGAGUUCGAGGGAGCCCUGCGGCCGGCCAUCUACAAGGACAGCCGGGCCUGA